UCAGUUCCUCCAGCAGGAAUCAGACGUGUUUACAUUGUAAACGCACUGCUCCCUGAAACCUGACGCUUCAGAUGUUUGUCUUCAUUUAUCCCUUCACUAACUAUGGGUGACAUGUACCAGUACCCGGUUUUCUUUGAGAGCCAGAGCCUGUCAGAGGAGCAGGUGAAGAGAAUAGAGAAGCAUUUCCGAGUGCGUCGCAGAUCUGGCGGCGGAGACUGCGGAGCUCUGAGGAGGGAGAAUGAUCACAUCUACAGCGUUGCUUUCACAUAUCAAAGAGAUCAGCAGGCGGUCCUGGAGAGAUGUGAGCAUGACGUGGAUGGUCUGGUGUUCACUGUCCGAGGCAGCCUGGAUCCGCACACCUCCUCUCCAAGCCAGGAUUUCACAGCUCCAGUACAGAGCCCACAGUCCAUUCCUGCCUCAACUCCUCCACCAAGUGGUGAAGAAUAUGAACUACGAUCUGAUUCUUACCUCCUACGUUAUCUGAAGGAAUGCCACAAGGCUGGGAGAGAACUAGAGAAACAACUCUCCUCUGUUGCCUGCUCUGCUCAGCUGUUUCCAGAGGAGGGGAGGGUUUUAGUUAGCUGUUUAGCUCAACUUGGUUCUGCAGAUGAAGUUAGAAAUUGGAAAGCAGAGGUAGACAAAGUCUUUGAUGGCUACAUGUGGCACUAUGAGGCAGACCCUCACAAAGUUAAAGCUUUGCGUCAGUCCUGCAGCUCUCCUCAGACCACAGAUGAGGUGAAGGUGUACAGCGAGGCUGGGCUGGCUGUUGUUGUUGGGGAGUGUUCUCAGGUGAAAGCCAGGUUGAUGGAUGUAGAGGGCUCGCAUUUUAAACGAGGGUCUCGUUUAAGUGAGAAGCAAACCAGUGUUCGUCGACUGGGCGAGGCCAAGCUUCGCCUCCUCUGGAAAGAGAUUGAGCACAGUUUGGGGCGAGAUUUUCCAGGAUUGAAGGUCACGCAGGGAGCUGCAGGUCAGUUAAUUUUGGAAGGUUCUCUGGAGGAGAUACUUAAAGCUGGAGAUUGGAUCUCUGAUCAGGAGAAAUUGGUCUUAGAAAGGACAGUUUCUGACAAGAGCACACAUUUUCUGGCCUUCUUGAGAAAGGCAUACGGAGGCCGAGGGGUGCUAGGUGACUUUUUAGGUGUUGGUGACAAGGUGGAAGUAGAGUUACGAGACACAGAGCUACGUUUCUUAUCCCUUUCCACUGAUCAUCUUGAUGAAGCUGAAAAGGCACUGCAAGGUGAGAUCAAGGAAGUCAAGAUUGAUGUUCCUAACUGCUCCGCUGUGCCAUCUGACCUUCGGGAACAGCUUAAGUCCAAGACAAAUGAGAUGAACCAAGGGCAAUACAGGGCUCAUGUGGUGUUUGGCUCAGACAGCAUGGUGUGCCUACUGGGCCACACCAAAGAGGUUGAAGAGCUGAAUGAAGCUGUUAUACAGUUUAUUUUGGACCAGUCCAGUGUGCAAAGCCUAAUCCCUCUGCCUUUCAUAGUGUCAGAACAAGUGUUGACAGAAUGGCUUCAACUGCAGGGUUUUGACUAUUCAGGGGUUACCUUCCGUCCCUCAACAUCUGCCUCUGGGCCCAUUGUGGCGCUGGAAGGUCCAUCCGGAAGAGUGACUGAGGUCAGAAACAGGCUGGGUCCAUUUCUGGACUCCAUUGUUCAGGAUAGAGCCCCCAUUGACCCGUUAGGGACAGUAAAAUAUUCCCAAAAUCCCACUGGGAAAGUUGAACUCUCAAAUGUUGCACAUGAUCUGGCAUCUUUGACCUUGAGUGAAGUAAGCACAACGGUUGCUACCUACAGCCUUCGUGACGGGCUCCAGGUGCUGGUGUGUCAGGGUGACAUCACCAAACAGGAUGCUGAUGCUGUGGUGAACGCCGCCAAUGAAGAUCUGGACCACGGUGGAGGGGUUGCUGCUGCACUGAGCAAAGCAGGUGGCCCUCAGGUGCAGAAGGAGAGCAGAGCUUUGAUAAAGCAGACCGGAAAAAUCGCUACAGGUGAUGUGGUGGUGACCACAGGGGGGGACUUAAAAUGCAAGAUACUGCUGCAUGCUGUUGGUCCUGUAGGUGGAAAAUCAGGUGGCAGAGAAAGGACCUUACUGGAAAAAACUGUUCAGUCUGCUCUGAAUUUAGCAGAGAUGAUGGAGUUCAGGUCUAUAGCCAUGCCCUGUAUCAGCUCAGGGUCAUUCGGGGUUCCUGUCACUGUGUGCUCUGAGGCUAUUGUAAGUGCCGUUAAGGAGUUUGGCAGUCAGGGAGGGCGAAGCCUGAGCAGAAUCAUCCUGAUUGAUAACAGAGGAGAGGUGGUGAGGACCAUGCAGGAAGCAUGUGAUCGGCUUCUGCAAGGGACAAGUACCGGAAACAGUGCACCAAGUGAUCUGGGGUUCCAAAGAGGAGCCACAGCUGGAGCUCCUGAAGAUGGUGUCCAUGUAGAGAUCGUUCAGGGAACCAUCGAGACCCAGCAGGUGGAUGCUCUGGUAUCACCCAUGGUUGGCAAUGAUCCCCUCUCUACCCGUGUUGGAAACACUUUGUUUAAAGUGGUUGGACCUCAGCUGACUACAAAGUUUAGAAAGGAAGCAGGAGGUGACACAGUCCUGGUGGACGGCUUGUCCAAACUUCCAUUUAGUGCAGUGUUCUUCCUCAACCUCCUUCCCUGGGAUGAUGAUCCAAAUGGAACUGCAGUCCAGGUUCUGAGGGUGGCCAUCGACAACGUCCUAACCUACUGUGAGAAUAGAAGGUUUAGAUCAGUUGCUCUUCCUGUGCUCGGUGCCGGGAUUGCCCUCUGUUUUCCUGACAGCGUGGUAGCCAGGGUUAUAAUGGAGCAAGUUCGCGUGUUUGAGCAGAACCGAGCCAGCGGUAAUCCAUUUCUGGUCCACAUCGUCAUCCACCCCAAUGACAAAGAGGCUAGUGAGGCUUUCAAGUCUGCCCAGCAAGAUUUCCAACCCACAAGAUUUGUUCGCCAACCAGACCAAGUGUCAACUACAAGGAGGAUAGUCGUGCUGGGGAAAACUGGAUCUGGGAAAAGCAACCUAGCUAACACUUUAUUUGGAGAGGAAUUGUUCGCCACGAACCACACUCCCAGCUCUGGAACAAAAAAAUGUCAAGCUGAAACCAAAUCUGUCAACGGAAGAAGCGUCACUUUGAUUGACACUCCUGGUUUCUUCGAUGCAGGCGGAUCUAAGGAGAAGCUGAAGCCUGAGAUAGUGAGGUGUCUCACAGAAUGCGCUCCUGGGCCUCAUGCUUUUCUCAUUGUGUUUAAAGUGGAGAAAUUCACAGAGCAUGAGCAGGCUGUCAUCACAGAAAUAUGCCAAUAUUUCUCUGAAGAUGCUUUAAAAUAUGCUGUAAUUGUCUUCACACAUGGCGACCAGCUCCCUAAAGGGAUGACAAUCGAGAAGUUCGUCAGUGAGAAUGAGAAUCUGAGUGAUCUGGUGAAGAAGUGCGGCGGCCGGUGCCACGUCAUGGAUAAUAAAUACUGGAAGAACAAACAGCAGAAUAACUACAGGAGCAACCAGGUGCAGGUGGAGGAGCUGCUCAACACAGUAGACAAGAUGGUGAUGGAAAACAAUGGAGGCUACUACACCAAUGAGGUGUUUCAAGAAAUGGAGAAAGUCAUACGGAUAGAGGAAGAGUACAUAAAACAAAACACGUCGUCGGGAAACUUGUCACCGGAAGAGAUCAGAAAACAGGCAAAAGAUAGAGCGUUUAAGAAGUUUUUGACGCAACUGGCAGGUAUUACAACAGGAGCAUUGUUAGGAGCUUUUUUUGGCAUGGCAGUGAUGGUUGGAUUAGUUGUCACGGCUGUGAAAAACUGUUCAGAAUUAAUGAAAGUUGUGAAAAGAGCUCCAGCAUUAGGAGCAGCAGGAGGUGCAGGAGCUGCAGGAGCUGCAGGAGGUGAAGUAGCAGCGCUGUCAGCUGGCGGAGUGGUGUUAGGUGUGUCUACCACAGCCUUCGCUUUAGUAGGGGGAGUAAUUGGUGGUAUUACUGGACAUGAGGCAGCUGAGGAAGCAGAAACACCAUGGGAGGCAGCAGAGAUGGCCGCUAAUGCUGUCGCAAACAAAGGCAGAGAUUUUUUAAAGCAACUUUAAAGCUGUCGUUUGAAUGUUUAUCCAACAUUCAAUCUCCUUUUAUCUCGGUUUUGGUCUCCACCAUCAGUGGAGGGAAAUAUGUGGCUCUUUAGCUGCUAAACGCUCCACUGUUUUCACCAGCAAUUUCAUCUGUUUGCCAUUUGGUGCUGGGCAGGUAGCGUAUAGUGGGUUUAUUACAGCUUUUUUUGAUGAAAACAGCUGCCUGCUGAUGCUAGGAAACAAGGUGGAUAAGAGUUUGCAGGAAACCAAAACAAGCUUAAAGGGGUUAAAAAGGCUCCAUAGAGCUGGGUCGGGUGAUAAUUCUUUGUGGGUUUGACACUACAAGCGUGAACUUUCACUUACGCACUUUCACUUAUUCCAUUGAUAAUAAAACAAAAAUUGAUUAACUGGAAGGAAGAAUGUUUGGGGCUCAGAACCACAACAUGAUCAAAACAAGAUAAGCGGUGACUCUGAAAAAGGUGGAGGGAAUUCAAAUCUCUAUAAUUACUCAUUUGAAAAUGUUGUAAAAACCAUUGGGCAGUGGGCUUGUACCAUCUCUAUAUGCUGGCAAUGUAUAAAAUAACUGAAUAUGUAAAUCAUUGAAGCGAUUGACAGUGUUUAAUUAUCUGACGGUGGUGGUUUGAAACUUCAAUGAUAAUUUACUUUUUUUCCCACUGAUCUGUUUCUAUAUUAUACUAUUAUUUGUUUGUUAUAAAUCUAUUUUACAACAAUAAAAGCACCGAUUGCACACAA